CCACCCUCCCCGAAACCCAACCCUCACCCCGACCCAGCCCAGCCCCCGCGCCAGCUGCUGCCAGUCGCGAAGUAAGUAAGGAAGAACGAAGCUUGCUUGCUUGCUGCCCGCCUCGCCUGUCUGUCUGCCAGAACUUGUUUGCAACACAUCCUCCACACCCUCCUACCUACUUCCAGAAUUAAUCGCGGAGAACCGAGGCGCGACUUGCUCUGAUUGAGAGGGAAGGAAAAGAAAGAAGAAGGAGAAGAAGAAAAAAAAAGAAAGAAGGAAAAAAAAACAAGCCACUUUCUUUGGCCUGACUCCCCCCCUCCCUCCCCGCCCCCAGUCACUUGGUCAAACCAAAACUCAAAGCUCAAGCAAGCAACCAAGCACCCAAGCAAAGCAAAGUUACAUAUUGGUGCCGAAGCUAUGGACUCGGCAAGCGCUUCUUCACGCUCUUCCGAGAAACCCUCUCAUGGCAGGCGCCUCACAAAGAACCCUCCAUUCCUGUCCUCGUUCUCCCGCUCAAGUGGUGGUGGCAGUGGUGGUGGUGUGUCGCCGCAGCUUGUAUCACCAGGGAAUGCCUUCUACUCUCCUAGUUCUCGGUCAUCCGGCUCUAUACAGCGAACACCGUCUGCCCCCGUCUACCCUCGCGAUCGAUCGACGCAUGGGAGGAGCCCCGGUGUUGCCGGUCAUCAAAGGACGCCCACCUCACCCAAUCCCCCGACUCUGUUCUCCUCCUCUUCCACUUCCUCCCUGGACCAGCAACAGUACCAGCAAUCGUACACUUCAUCGCCGCUGCUACAGCACGACGGUUACCUUGCCGCGAACGGCGACCACUAUUCCCCGCAGUACACGAGCCACAGCGGCUACAACUCGCGACCCAUAUCUGGACGGCUGUCUGAAGUCGAGACCGCUGUCGAAUCGUCGUCCUACUACGAGUCUCACAGUUCCAGCAACGGCGAUCGAAACACCCUGUCCCGCCGACCAGUCGACCACCUCCAGAAGAUCCAACAGCAAUACGACAUGGCCGCCACCACCACACGACCGCAGCUGCGGCAGUCCAGCAGCUUUACGGCUGGCGAUCGCGGAGCGAUGAAGGCCGCGCUCGGGCUCGGAGGUUCGAGCUCGAAGAGGAACUCCGACGAAGCCAAACCACCCAGCACGGGUAAGAAGGGUGGAUUCUCCAAGUUCAUGAACAGUGUUCUCGGAUCGCCAAAGAGGGUUGAGAUAUCGGGCCCGUCAAACCCAGUCCAUCUGACACAUGUCGGAUUUAACUUUGUCACCGGAGAAUUUACGGGUCUGCCGAAAGAGUGGCAGCGCAUGUUGCAGGAAAGCGGAAUCUCGAGGAACGAACAGGAACAGAACCCGCAGGCGGUGAUGGACAUCGUCGCCUUCUACAACGAUGUGAACGUGAACGAGGACGGUGUGUGGAAGAAGAUUCCGCAGCAGCACGAUGGCACCCCGUACACCCCCACCCUGGGCGCACCGUCGCCUUCGGUCGGCGCACCGUCGCUGAUGAGUCCGCCGUUGAGCCCGCUGUUUCCACGAAACCACGAAGCCAGCUUCGAGAACCCGCGAGCUCCACCCCCGGUCCCAUCCAAAUCUCCGUCUUUCCGAAGCGAGCGAAGUCCAUAUGUCCCCAACCGACCCGCACCACGACCACCGGCAUCGCCUCCGCAGGAAUCAGGUCGGAUACCCGCGAUCGUCGCGCAGAGGCCGGCACCCUCGAUCCCUAAGCCGGCCACGCCGAUCGAAACCCUAUCGCAGCAUACGUACCAGCCUCCGGAGCCUGAGUACGUGUCGACGCCGCCACUACAGCAGCACCCGUUGAGUCGCCAAUCAUCCCAGGCGGCAAGGCAUCAGAUGCCCAUGGAACCUCCACACCAACCAUUGGACAACUACAGUGCACCAUACAAGCCUCAGGCGCAGCCAGCGUAUUUCAUUCCUGCGCCCUUCCAGAGUGAACCCGAUCGGUCGCCGUCACCUCCACUGUCGGCGAAGAUUGCUCAGGCUCAGGCUGCUCAGGCGCAAGCUCAAGCUGCUCAGAUCGCGCAGUUGCAACAGCUUCAGGGCCAGGGUGGUGUUGGACCCGUGCCGCAGAGACGGCAUAAACCGAAGCCCAGUAAGGACUUUGAUAUCGUUUCCAGGCUCAACACGAUCUGCACCAACGCCGAUCCCACCAAGCUCUACCGGAGCUUGAACAAGAUCGGGCAGGGUGCGUCCGGGGGUGUGUACACGGCGUACCGGGUUGGCACCAACCAGUCGGUUGCGAUCAAGCAGAUGAACCUCGAGCAGCAGCCGAAGAAGGAUCUGAUCAUCAAUGAGAUUUUGGUCAUGAAGGAUAGCAAGCACAGGAAUAUCGUUAACUUUAUGGACAGCUUCCUACACCGCGGAGAUCUGUGGGUGGUGAUGGAGUACAUGGAGGGAGGCAGCUUGACGGACGUUGUGACUUAUAAUGUGAUGAGCGAGGGACAGAUAGCUGCCGUUUGCCGGGAGACGUUGCAAGGGCUACAGCACCUGCACUCGAAGGGUGUUAUUCACCGUGAUAUCAAAUCAGACAACAUUCUGUUGUCGCUAGAUGGCAACAUCAAAUUGACCGAUUUCGGAUUCUGCGCGCAAAUCAACGAGGCGAUGAUGAAGCGCACGACGAUGGUCGGAACACCCUACUGGAUGGCGCCGGAGGUGGUCACACGCAAGGAGUACGGACGGAAAGUCGACAUCUGGAGUUUGGGCAUCAUGGCGAUCGAGAUGAUCGAAGGAGAACCACCGUAUCUCACCGAGUCACCCCUCCGCGCGCUAUUCCUGAUUGCCACAAACGGAACCCCGGAUCUAAAGGAGCCCGAGCUGUUGAGUUACGACUUGAAGGAUUUCCUGUACCUGGCGCUCGAAGUUAGUCCGGACAAGAGGGCGUCGGCUGGGGAGUUGCUGCAGCACAAAUUCCUGAAAACCGCAGAUCCACUCACUAGCCUUGCGCCGCUGGUCCGGGCGGCGAGACAAGCACGGGCCCAGGAGCGACAGAGAUAGUCACCUGAGUCACCUGCAAUCUGUGUUUCGGCCUCUUUUCCGUUGAAAUUUGUGUAAUCCGUCUGGCGUAAACUUUGAUUUAUUUAUUUUUGCUACUUACCUACGGGCAGGGUUUGGAAAUGGGAUUUGAUGAUUGAUAUAGAUACUUCUCUCGUGCGCGUCUGUUUGGUUUGGGGUCUUUUUGUUGGGUUGUAUAGCAGCGAAUUGUGUGCUAUGAUGACGAUGUGGUUCUGUUCUGUGGUUCAGUUGGUUGAGUUGGUUGAUGUUGAGGUUGAGGGUGCCUAUGGAGGGAGGAGCCAUGCCUAAGCCGUUUGAUUUGGAUUUGAUUCGAUUUUUUGCUUGUGGGGAAUCGAAAUGGGAGCAUAAUGAUAGGAAGCAAUGGAGCCGGAGUUCUGCUGAGCUUAUGAUACAACUUUCCACCUUUUGUUUUUGUGUAAUCAUUGAUUGCAUGCGACCUGAGAGCGCACCAAAGAAAUAACACUAUGAAAAGAC